GAAUUUAGUCAGUCAGUAUCAGACUCUCAAGGGGAACAGUUCGCCAAACCUGGCCUAAGUAUAAAGCGUGCGCAUUUGUAUUUCAAAACGGAAAAGUGAUUGGUGGUUUUUAGCAAAAAAGAAAAGUGAGGUGUGAAAAAUGUAUCGUCUCUCCAUACAGUGUACGCGCAAUGUGCCCACAUUGACUAAAUAUGGGAACUGGAAAAAUCUGGGCUUUCGAUGCUUGGCCACAACCACCAAUGUGGAUGGCGUUUUAUUUCCCACAAAAUCAGAUUUCCCCAGCCGCCAUAUAGGGCCCCGGAAAACCGAUGUGGUCUCCAUGUUGGAUACCCUAGGCUAUAAGUCCCUGGCAGAACUAACCGAAAAGGCUGUCCCCAAGGCAAUACAAUUGAAUCGUGAUCUGAGUUUGGAUAAACCUCUUAAUGAACAUGAGUUGAUUGUCCGCAUACGUGAUAUUGCAAAGAAGAAUCAAAUUUGGCGCUCUUACAUUGGAAUGGGCUAUCACAAUUGUCACGUGCCUCACACAAUUGCCCGCAAUAUCUUUGAGAAUCCCGGCUGGACUACACAGUAUACCCCAUAUCAGCCGGAAAUUGCUCAGGGCCGUUUGGAAUCGUUAUUGAAUUAUCAAACGCUGGUAUCGGAAAUGACCGGUCUUGAUGUGGCUAAUGCCUCGCUUUUGGAUGAAGGCACAGCGGCUGCUGAGGCUAUGUGCUUGUGUACGCGUCACAAUAAACGCAAAACGUUAUAUCUCUCAAACAAAACCCAUCCCCAAACUCUUUCUGUGGUUCAGACCCGAGCUGAGGCUUUGGAUUUGCAAGUUAAAAUUGGCCCCAUUGAGGAUGCGGAUUUGGCCAGUCGCGAUAUUUCUGGUAUUCUCCUGCAAUAUCCCGAUACUUUUGGUGAUGUUAAGGAUUUUGAAAGUAUUGCCGAAAAAGCCAAGAAAAAUGGCACUUUGGUGGUGGUGGCCACUGAUCUUUUGGCUUUGACAAUGCUAAGACCUCCCGCCGAAUUUGGUGCCGAUAUUGCUGUGGGCACCUCACAACGCUUAGGUGUUCCCUUGGGUUAUGGCGGUCCCCAUGCUGGCUUCUUUGCUUGCAAACAAAAUCUGGUGCGUCUUAUGCCUGGACGUAUGAUUGGUGUAACACGCGAUAUGGAUGGCAAUGAUGCCUAUCGCUUGGCUCUGCAAACGCGUGAACAGCAUAUUCGUCGUGAUAAGGCCACCAGUAAUAUAUGCACUGCCCAGGCGCUUUUGGCCAAUAUGUCAGCCAUGUACGCCAUUUAUCAUGGACCUGAGGGCCUCAAGGCCAUUGCCAAUCGUAUUCAUCACUUUGCGUUGGCAUUACAAGCUGGUCUACGCGGAGCCGGUCACACUGUGCAGCAUAAACAUUUCUUUGAUACGCUGCACAUUAAAUUGGGCUCCAACAUGACCUUGCAGGAACUCAAAACGCGUGCUGAAGAGAAGCAAAUCAAUUUGCGUUACUUUGCCGAUGAAACGCUAGGAGUGGCCUUGGAUGAGACAGUGGGCCCCAAAGACAUCAACGAUUUGUUUUGGAUAUUCAAGUGCCAGACUUUGGAUCAAGUUUUGGCUGCCAAUGAUAUUCUCAAUGACUCCAUUGAAAAGUCUCCCUUCUACCGCACGUCAGCCUAUUUAACCCACCCCAUCUUCAGUUCCUACCACAGCGAAUCGCGCAUGGUGCGUUAUAUGAAGAAGUUGGAAAAUAAGGACAUCUCUUUGGUGCAUUCCAUGAUUCCUUUGGGCUCCUGUACCAUGAAAUUAAAUGCCACCACUGAAAUGAUGCCUUGUUCAUUCCGCCACUUCACCGAGAUUCAUCCCUUUGCUCCCGUAGAACAAGCCCAAGGUUACCAUCAAAUGUUUAAGGAACUCGAAGAUGACCUGUGUGAGAUUACCGGUUAUGACAAAAUCUCAUUCCAGCCCAAUUCAGGAGCUCAGGGUGAAUAUGCUGGUCUUAGAGCCAUUCGCUCUUAUCAUGAACAUCGUAACGAAGGCCAUCGACAUAUUUGUCUCAUUCCCAUAUCUGCUCAUGGCACAAAUCCGGCAUCUGCCCAAAUGGCGGGCAUGAAAGUUGAACCCAUUAAAAUUCUCUCCGAUGGCAGCAUAGACAUGGCUCAUCUGAGGGACAAAGCUGAGGAGCAUGCCAAAAAUCUAUCGUGUCUUAUGAUCACCUAUCCCUCAACCAUGGGUGUAUUUGAGCAGACUGUGGCCGACAUUUGUGAUCUUAUCCACAAGUUUGGUGGUCAAGUUUAUCUGGAUGGUGCCAAUAUGAAUGCCCAGGUGGGCCUAUGUCGUCCUGGUGAUUACGGCAGUGAUGUGUCCCAUUUGAAUCUUCACAAAACCUUCUGUAUUCCCCAUGGCGGUGGUGGUCCUGGCAUGGGUCCCAUAGGUGUCAAAUCCCACUUGGCCCCUUAUCUUCCCGGCCAUCCAGUAAUUAGUCCCUUGGACAGUGAAGACAACAGUUUUGGUGUUGUUUCAGCAGCUCCCUUUGGCAGUUCUGCCAUCUUGCCCAUUUCCUGGUCCUACAUCAAACUCAUGGGCAGCCGCGGUCUGAAGCGCGCCACCCAAGUUGCCAUUUUGAAUGCCAACUACAUGUCCAAACGCUUGGAACAGCAUUACAAAACACUCUACAAGGAUCCCAAAAAUGGUCUGGUGGCCCACGAAUUUAUUCUGGACAUACGUGACUUGAAAAAAUCUGCAAAUAUUGAAGCUGUGGACAUUGCCAAGCGUCUAAUGGACUAUGGCUUCCAUGCGCCCACCAUGUCUUGGCCUGUGGCAGGCACUUUGAUGAUUGAGCCCACAGAAUCUGAGGAUAAGGAGGAAUUAGAUCGUUUCUGUGAUGCUUUAAUAUCGAUAAGAGAGGAAAUUGCCCAGAUCGAAGCUGGUAAUAUGGACAAGAAUGUGAAUCCUUUGAAAAUGUCGCCACAUACACAGUCACAGGUGAUAUCGGAGAAAUGGAAUAGACCCUACAGUCGGGAACAGGCUGCUUUCCCAGCUCUGUUCAUCAAGCCUGAAUCUAAAAUUUGGCCCACAGUGGGACGUAUUGAUGAUGCUUAUGGUGAUAAACAUCUUGUUUGCACAUGUCCACCUAUUUUGCCUGACUUGUAAAGACCUGCAAAAAAUAAACCUAAUUUGAAAUUUGGACUUUCGUGCUUUGAUUCUAAAUCAACUCAACUUUUGAAAGGAUAAGCCCCAUUUCUGUUCAUUCAUUUAUUUUUCUUUUUAAUUAUACUAUGUACAACAUAAGUAAUAAAACGUAAUUUUAAUUUAACUUUAAAACAA